CAUUUAAAUAAGAGGAUAAAGACCAAAGCUAAGCAUUUGUUGUCUUCUAACACAAGAGACGACUCUGAGGAACUGGUUAAAUGCUCAUAGAAGCCAGAUAAGAAACUUGAAAAGCCUUUGACUUAGCCAGAAGGUUCUUGCGAAGAAAAUGGUGAACCCUCGUAUGAUUUACGUCUUCCUCGCGAUUUUCGUGAUCGUAAUCGCCGUUGUUGAAGCCGGAGGCUACGAAGACUCGUUGGGGUUCGUCGUCAAAACCGGAUCGUCCGGUAAGUGCAAAGGAUCAAUGGCGGAUUGUAUAGCAGAAGAAGAAGAAGAGUUCGAGCUCGAGUCUGAGAUCAGCAGGCGCAUUUUAGACUCGAAGGUAUACAUUAGCUACGGUGCGCUGAGGAGGAACGUUGUUCCUUGUUCCCGACGCGGCGCAUCUUACUACAACUGCGAACGCGGCGCUGAGGCUAACCCUUACAGCCACGGCUGCAGCAUAAUCACGAGGUGCCUUCGUGCGGAACUUUGAAUUUCUUGUUUGACCCUCUCGUUCUUGUUUGUGCUUGUUUCCUGUGAUUUUGUUUCCAGUUCUUUUUACUUGUUUGUUUGUUUGUUUGUUUGAGAUUAUACAUAUUUACAUACAGUAAUAACAGAUGCUUGUUUA